CCUCUCCCCCACCACCUCCCAUCCACCAAACUUUUAACAACGCUCCCCCGUUCCAUUAUUCCGAGCAUAGGUUUCUCUCACCUUUCUUCUCCCUCCUUGCAGCUUUUUCAAAGCCCUUCACCUUCGAUAUUAUUGUUCCUUCCCCCCCCCUCCCCUUCUAAACUUCCCGCUACGGAAGCACAGGAAGGACGGGAGAGAAGAAACAAGAGAGGAGGAAGGGAUAUUGGAGUUGUUGGGCGGGAGGCGGAAAGAUCGACAGAAGCUAAAAACCUUUUUAAAAUCGAUAUUCGUCAAUUUCCAUGGGACGCGGUCUGUAGACGGAUCUGGCGACCUUUUUUUCCCCUUCUUUCGUUCUCCCUCCUUUCCUUCAUAUCGAACAGCGUGAUUGACGGAGGAGGAGGAGGAGGAGGAGGAAAAAAGGAAUCAAUCCUCCGCGCUCUUUUCGCGAGGCGGGCGAGUCGAGUUUGGGGGGGGCACAGGAUAGACUCUUCGGGGGGAGGCAGCUUUUCUUCGUCUUCUACGAAAAACGCACAACAACCAAAAGAAAAAUAACCAUUUGAUGCCCGGGGGGCUUCUUGCGCCAAUGGAAGUCGAUUCAUCGCCCUCUGCUUCGACAACUACAACCAUGCUUGUUAGCAAACGAUCCCAUCCCGACAGCGUCCUCAAGGGUUCUACUUCUACUACUACCGGUGUUGCUACGACUAUCGAUUUGUACCUUAUCUCGGAGGAGGAUGCCCAUUAUGAGCAGGAGAUUUUGAGAGAUCCGUACUCGAGCUUGAAGCCCUGGUUGAGGUAUUUGGAAUAUAAGGCCAAGACUGGGGGUAUUCACGAACAGGUGUUUGUUUUCGAGAGGGCUUGCAAAGCGUUGCCUAGGUCAUACAAACUUUGGAAAAUGUAUCUGGAUUUAAGGGUCAAGCACGUGUCCUCCCUCAAUCCGGCACGGUUCCAGGCCGAGUACAACAAGGUCAAUGAUUGCUUUGAACGGUCUCUCAUCCUUCUCAACAAGAUGCCUAGGAUCUGGACGGACUACCUGUCAUUCUUGCUCAAACAAUGCAUCGUCACCAAGACCCGCCGAACCUUCGAUCGUGCCCUGCGGGCUUUACCGCUCACCCAGCAUAGUCGUAUCUGGGCACUCUACCUACCGUUCGCCAAUUCCGCUUCUGGGGAGACGGCUGUCAGAAUUUGGAAACGGUACAUGCAGGUUCACCCUGAGGAUGCGGAGGAAUUCAUUGAGCUUCUCACUGAGAUGGGGAAAUACGAGGAGGCGGCGCAAAAGUGGAUCGAGGUACUGGAUAAUCCUAAGUUUCGGUCAAAGGCUGGGAAGAGCCACUUUCAGAUGUGGAGUGAGCUGUGCGACUUGUUGGUCAGCCACGCUCGUGAGAUCAAGGGCAUUGACGUGGAGAAGAUUGUGCGGAGUGGGAUCGGAAAGUUCAGUGAUCAGCGGGGGAAAUUGUGGACUAGUUUGGGCACCUAUUGGAUCACUAAGGGCGACUUCGAGAGGGCAAGAGACGCUUUCGAGGAGGGCGUCACCACCGUUAUGACUGUCCGAGACUUUACCCAGAUCUUCGACUCGUACACUGAAUUCGAGGAAUCUGUUAUCGGGACCUUGAUGGAAGCGGCUGCUGCGCGGCAGGAGAAGGGCAUUGUUAGCGAGGACGCCGAUUUCGAUCUGGAUAUCCGAUUGAUGCGGUUCGAGCAAUUGAUGGAUCGACGACCUUUCCUGGUUAACGACGUUCUCCUAAGGCAGAAUCCGAAUAACGUCAUUGAAUGGGAGAAAAGGGUUGCGCUCUGGGGCGAUAACAAGCAACAGAUUGUUCAAACGUACACUGAUGCGGUAGCCGCGGUGAACCCGAAGAAAGCUGUUGGUCAAUUCCACUCCCUGUGGGCCGGAUAUGCCAAGUUUUAUGAGAAGCAUGGGGAUAUCAGACAGGCACGUAUGAUUAUGGAAAAGGCUGUUCGGGUCCCGUUCAAGUCUGUCCAAGAGCUCGCGGAGAUGUGGGUUGAAUGGGCAGAGUUGGAGUUGCGUAACGACAACUUCGACGAGGCGGUCAAGAUCAUGGCGAAGGCCACUCAAUCGCCCAAGAGGAGCACGGUGGAUUAUUUUGACGAAACGCUGACACCGCAGCAAAGGGUGCACAAGAGCUGGAAGCUGUGGAGUUUCUACGUCGAUCUCGUGGAGAGCGUAAGUACGCUUGAGGAGACAAAGAAGGUUUACGAGAGGAUCUUCGAGCUUCGGAUUGCUACUCCGCAAACAGUUGUAAAUUAUGCUACUCUUCUUGAGGAGAACAAGUAUUUUGAAGAGAGCUUCAAGGUCUACGAGCGCGGCCUCGACCUCUUCACCUACCCCGUAGCCUUUGAGCUCUGGAAUCUCUACCUGACCAAAGCUGUGAAUCGCCAAAUCGACAUCGAACGACUCCGUGACCUCUUUGAGCAGGCCGUCGAAAACUGCCCCCCCAAGUUCGCACAAGUCCUCUAUCUAAUGUAUGGCAACCUCGAAGAAGAACGCGGCUUAGCCCGGCACGCAAUGCGCAUCUACGAGCGCGCAACCCGCGCAGUAGCAGACGAAGACCGCUUCGAAAUGUUCGACUUCUACAUCACAAAGUCCGCCUCAAACUUUGGUCUAACCUCCACCCGACCCAUCUACGAGCGCGCAAUAGAAGCACUACCAGACAGCGAGGCGAAAGAGAUGUGCCUCAAGUUUGCCGAGAUGGAACGACGUCUCGGAGAAAUCGACAGAGCGAGGGCGAUCUACGGCCACGCCUCGCAGUUCUGCGAUCCAAGAAUUUCGCCGCAGUUCUGGACCAAGUGGGAAGCAUUUGAAAUCCAGCACGGGAACGAAGACACCUUCAAGGAAAUGCUCAGGAUCAAGAGGAGUGUGCAGGCGCAGUACAACACCGACGUCAACUUCAUCGCUAGUCAAGCUCUCGCACGCGGACAAGCGAAGGCUGGCGGCGGUGGCGGCGGUGGCGGCGCGGGGAGCGGGAGUGAUGAGGAGGUGGGGAGCGAAAGGGGGGAUGCGAUGGCGGCGUUGGAGCGGGAGGUCAGGGCGCCCGCAGGAUUUGUCGCGGCGAAGGAUGGCGGGGGGAUUAAAGGAUCUAUUAGGAACGUGGCUGCGACUGCGAGCGCAGAGGUUAACCCCGAUGCUAUUGAUUUGGAUAUGGAUGGGUAGUCUACUGAUAUUCCAGUCAAAUGGGUAUAGUUGCUUGGUCGGUCGAUGGUGGAAAAGCGGAGUUUAGUCUUUUCUUUUCUUUUCUUUUCCUUUUUCUUUUCUACCUCUUCCUUUCCUCUCCUUUCUUCCCUCUCAACUUAAAUGGGUCAAAUUCAAUUUUCUUCUUGAUUUGCUCUAAGUUACGUUGCGUUGCCAAUUUACCGUUUGUCUGUCUGGCUAUCACAUCCAACCAUCCGGCCGUCCGCCCAUUCAUCUUACCUAAUUUCAUUUGUCCUACACACUUGUAUCCUAUUAUAGUACUCUACUACUAUCGCACCGCGCUGCACCGCACUUCCCCUUCCUCAAAUUCAUGUACCAUAAAACGUCGUUCCCAAAUUGGUUGGCCAUUAUUAUUA